AUGUUUGGCAUUUUUGCGGACUUAUUGUCCUCCAUCAUCACCAUCCUUUUCCCCGUCUUCGCAUCUUACAAGGCUCUCCGCUCUUCCGAUCCUUCACAACUCGCACCAUGGUUGAUGUACUGGGUGGUUCUAUCGGUGAUUCUGCUGGCAGAGUCAUGGACCGUGUUUAUUAUCGGAUGGUUUCCAUUCUAUAGUUGGAUCCGCCUGUUCUUUAUGUGCUAUCUCGUUCUCCCGCAGACUCAGGGUGCUCGACUCCUUUACCAGGAUUAUGUCGAUCCUUUCCUUACCCACCACGAGCGCGAAAUUGAGGAGAUCAUCGGUCGCUCUCACGAACGGGCCAAGGCACUUGGAUUACAAUAUUUCUACCAGGCUGUGGAUCUGAUUCGGACCAAGGUUCUCGGGCUUCCUCCUCAGCAACAGACCCCGCCACCCCCUUCGGGACCCGCAUCUUACGCCCAGUCUUUGUUGUCGCGAUUCAACAUCCCGACCGCUGCGUCCGCCUCUAGUUCGGGUGACUGGUAUUCUGCCCUGAGCUCAGCUCUCGGUUCAGUCACCUCCCCCGGGAAGUCGCGUGAAGUGCACGAGGAAGAGUUAUCGGCCAGCGGGACCCUUCUCCAACAACGAAUUCAAUCCAUGACCGGGGCGGACAAGGCCCGAUUUAUCUCGCAUCAGCGGGAAGUACUGGAUUACUUGCGAUCGACUCUCAUGCGGGAAGAACAAGCCAUCCACCGUGAUCGUGAGAAUGACACAGAUGAUCUCGCAUAUGGAGCCCCGUUGCGCAAAAACGAGAGUGACAACUCCUUUGAUGUUGUGGAUGAUGAAGAUCUUGGGUCACGUGGGCCUCGUACAAGCGGGAAAUGGAGUUCAGGAUGGUUAGGAGGUGAUCAUGAUUCUUCGGGUUCUUCGGAUUAUGCAUCUCGCACUACGGGAUAUGAUCGAUAUAACUGA